AUGCAUGUAUAUGUAUGUAUGUAUGUGCAUGUAUGUGUGCAUGUAUGUGUGUGUGUAUGUGUGUGUGUGUGUGUGUGUGUGUGUGUGUGUGUGUGU